CUGCUCCACCAACCGGUGCCCCAACUGCCUUUGUGCAAACAUCUGAACGUGAGGAUGGACGACGCGCAGUCUUCCUGUCUGCAUACGGUGUCACGGAGGAAAUACCGGUAGGAGAGGAAGAGACGUUUUUACAAGAGAGAGAACGAGCUCAGCGUCAACAAGCACAAGAGCCGGCUUCGGCUGGACAACAACCACAACAGCCACCUCAGAACGCGCCGCAACAACAGGGCCAACAACCGGCGGGAGCUGGACAACAGCCCCAGCAGCAACCGCAGCAGCCGCCUCAGGCUGGACAACAGCAGCCUCAACAACCUCCAGGAGCGACUCAACCCGGACAACAGCAACAGCCUCUAGCCGGACAACAGCAACAGCCUCAACCCGGACAACAACAGCCUCAGCAGCAGCCACUUGGCCCCUUUAAGCCGUUGACUGCGGAACAGCUAGUUUAUUCCGGACGCUUAGCCCUUUGCACACACGGCUCCGCAAUGGUUGGCUUUUCCAUCAUCGUAAUUCUUUAUUCCAGCACCAUGCUGCUGUUUUCCCUCUGUCCUGGCGGUGGCCGUUUCUUCGCCCUUGGCAACUACAACAUGCUCAAAAUCGUCAUCCUUGCCAGCAUUUUUGUCGUUCUCUUGCGUUUCGCGCCGUUGAUAUUCUUCUAUGGGAUGAAAAUGGUCGGCAUGUGGCUGUUAUGUUUGCUGCAAAUCCUGUUCUUCGUGUUUUGUUUUGACUUGACCUUUCGAGCGAGUCUCUUAGCGCUGACGAAAGCGAACGAAGUGCGCUUGGGAGCAACCGUGCAAGAAGGAAAGAUGCCAGCGUGGUUCUGGAUCAGUUACUGGUUUUUUGGGGGAUUCUCUUUGUUGUUGUUUGUAGCGACGCCAGCAACGGUAUUUUGGAGGAGGGAAGAGAUUGCAGGUACUUGUGACUAUAUUUCAUUAACUUUGAUAUCAGCCAUCCAACUACUUAUCAAAAUCGAAUAUCACUUGUAAAUUUUAUUUCGCUGGCCUCUACACGUAGAUACGUCUACUUCGAUAUUCUCUGGUAAUCGACAUCAAGAAUUUUUACAAUUGAACCACACGUAUCAUGAUCUCUCUCUCUUUAAAUUACACGACCCAGGUCCACCAGCUGAUUGGAAAGGUCAUGUGACUGUUCUGUGGGGUAUUUGGGCGACCUCUGUCAUCUGCUGUUCUGGUGUCUAUGUUAUUUCUCUCUUCGUCGCCGAAAGACGACUAGCACUGACAGCUGCCUUCGUCUCCUUCGCCGUUGCUUUUCGUACUGCCAAAGCAGCAGGCGAUCUAAGUGACGUGACUCGCAGUUCAACAGCCAUGGCGCUCUAUGAACUCGAUCCAGCAAGGUAUUUCGACCGAUUGGACCAGGUGAAAGAACACGGAACGCACUGGGUGAAUCACUUGUUGGGCGUAGUUGGGAUGCCGGUAGCCUUUUUGGAAGCAGGAGUGGGGUUAGCUUACGUGUAUAAAAUGAGCGCCAGAAGGACUCGUACAGAGCAUGUUUUGCGUGCAGCAGGUAGAGAAAUCGCGAAAAAGAGAAACCAGGAGAGAGAAGUGCGAGUGUUGGAGAAUCGAAACGCCGAUGAAGAGGAGGAAGACUACUUUGAUUAUCGCGGGUAUCGCGGAGAAGGUGGGGACGAAGAUGCGAUUGUGGACGAUAGGGACUUAGACUUCUAUGACGACGUGGGAGAUAGUGAUGAUGGUAGUGGGGAA